AACUUGCAAGUGGACGCCCGAUUUUUCGUUGCUCAUCGAUCCAGUCGCCUUGCUCGAAUAAACACCAGCCAUGCAAAAUUCCUCCUAGGGUCCAAUCAGAUCUUGGAGACUUGGAUCUUCUCCCCAAAAUCCAUUACUGGCACCAAAACGAAUACUAUAUAGUAGUUGAAAGAGAGAGGCCAGCAUGCAUGGAGUGGGGUGGAAUGGGAUCUCUAUAUAUGAGAUGAGAUGGAUCAAAAAGACUCUGCCCCUGCUCAGAGACCAGAGCUUUCGCACACCUCGCCUAGCUUCAGCGUGAGCUCUGUAGCUCAUGCUGUGACUUGCUCUUUCUCUGAUCCUUGUACACAACACAACAAGGCUGCACCAUCUCAGCUUCAGCCAUGGACAGGAUCACCCAGUGGGUUUCGUCCCAGGAUGUCCCUCCCGACCUUACCAUCCGGAUCGCCGACUCCAUCUUCCCUCUCCACAAGGCGGUCAUGGUGCCCAGGUGCGGCUACAUCCGCCGGGCCGUCGCGUCGGCCACCAAGGACCCCUCGUCCGCCGUCGAGCUCGACCUCUCCGCGCUCCCGGGCGGCGCCGACGCGUUCGAGAAGGCCGCGCGCUACUGCUACGGCGCCAACUUCGAGAUCACCGCGCGCAACGCCGCCGCGCUCCGCUGCGCCGCGGCGUUCCUCGACAUGCAGCACCCGGCGGACCUGGCGCGCCGCGUCGAGGAGUUCCUCGCGCAGGCCGGCCUCCGCGCGCUGCCCAGCGCGGUCACCGUGCUGCGCUCCUGCGAGGCGCUCCUCCCGGCCGCCGACGAGCUUGGCGUCGUGCGGCGGGCCUCGGACGCCGUCGCGCUCAGGAUCUGCAACGAGGCGCUGUUCCCGACCAGGACGCCGCCGGGGUGGUGGACGGCUGAGCUCGCGGCGCUCUCGCCGGCGUCGUUCCAGAAGGUCGUCACGGCGCUGCGCUGCCGCCGCGCGGACCCCCGGGUGCUUGCCAACGCGGCGAGCGCCUACGCGGAGCUCGCGCUGGCCGCGGUCCUCGCCGACCCCCGGGACAGGGAGGACCAGCGCGAGCUUCUCGAGUCCGUCGUGGACGUGCUCCCUUCCGCCGCCGACGCGCCCAUCCCGGCGGCGUUCCUCUGCCGCCUCCUCCACGCCGCGGUGACCACCGAGGCCUCCGCCAAGACGUGCCGCGACCUGGAGCUCCGCGUCGCCGCGGUGCUGGACCAGGCCACCGCGGGGGACCUGCUCGGCGUCGCGCUCGACGGCGCCGGAGAGCGCGUCAGGAACACCGACACCGUGCGGCGCGUGAUCGCCGCCUUCGUCGAGCGGCAGGAGGCGUCGUCGGAAAGCAGGCGGAGCCGGCGGGCGUCGCUGUCCGGCGGAGCAGAGCCCGAUCCGGGCGCGAUGGAGAAGGUCGCCAGGACGGUGGACGAGCUGGCGGCGGAGCUCGCGACGGAGGAGUCGCUGGCGAUCUCCAAGUUCGUUGGCGUGGCGGGGGCGGUGCCCAAGGAGGCUCGGGCGUCGCACGACUGCGUGUACCGGGCGGUGGACAUCUACCUGAAGACGCACCCGUCGCUGGACGAGAUCGAGCGGGAGAAGGUGUGCAGCGUCAUGGACCCGCUCAAGCUGUCGUACCAGGCGCGCCUCCACGCGUCGCAGAACAAGCGGCUGCCGCUGCAGGCCGUGCUCAGCGCGCUCUACUACGACCAGCUCAAGCUCCGCAGCGGCGCGGACGGCGGGUGGGACACGCAGACGGCCGCCGGGAAGGCCCGCGCGCAGGCGAGGGCGGACGCGUCGCUGGCGCGGGAGAACGAGGCGCUGCGGUCGGAGCUGGCGCGGAUGCGGGCGUUCGUGUCGGGGAUGCAGCCCAGCAAGGGGAGCGGGUCGUCAAGGUCGGCGCCGGCGGGGAAGAAGGCGAGCUUCCUGGGGUCGGUGUCCCGGACGCUGAGCCGGCUGAACCCGUUCAAGGGCGGGUGGGCCAAGGACACGGCCAGCAUCGCUGAUGGAGGAGGACGCCACAGCAGGGACACGAUGCCGCAUGUGGUGAAGCCGAAGAGGAGGAGGUUCUCCAUAAGCUAGCCAAUCGAGUGUCGGUGUUAUGUUUGUUUUUUUAUUUAAUGCUGUGAUAACAUGUGUGCUUGAUUUAAGAAAAGAAACACAAAAGUGCUUUAUUUAAC